AUGAAGUAUGAAAAUUUAGGUAACACUGGCUUGAAAGUCUCCAAAAUCUGUCUCGGAUGCAUGAGUUUCGGCUCACCAAAAUGGUUUGAUUGGGUUUUGGAAGAAUCAGAAUCAAUGAUCAUUCUCAAGAAGGCCUGGGAGUUGGGAAUUAACUUCUUCGACACUGCCAACAUUUAUUCGAAUGGUGAAAGUGAGAGAAUUUUGGGUAAAUUCAUUAGGGAGAAUAACAUUCCGAGAGAGGAAGUUGUUAUUGCCACUAAGGUUUUUGGUCCGGUUGACAAGAGUGGAGAACAAAGAUUGCUAUUGUUGAGUGAUGAUAAGAAGGUGAAUACUCAUGGAUUGUCGAGAAAGCAUAUUAUGCAUGCUGUUGAGGAAUCAUUGGAAAGAUUGGGAACUGAUUACAUUGAUUUGUAUAUUAUUCAUCGUUGGGAUCCAGACACUCCUAUUGAAGAAACCAUGGAAACUUUGCAUGAUUUGGUAAAAUCUGGAAAGGUCAGAUAUAUUGGUGCCUCUUCAAUGUUUGCUUGGCAAUUUGCUAAAGCUCAACAUUAUGCUGAUAAGAAGGGAUUGACCAAAUUUAUUUCCAUGCAAAAUCUCUAUCAUUUACUUUAUAGAGAAGAGGAAAGAGACAUGAUUCCAAUGUGUUUGGAUCAGAAAGUUUCCUUAACUCCAUACAGUCCACUUGCUAAGGGAAUUUUGGCAAGAGCUCACGAAUUUGUCAACUCUGAGAAAACAAGCAAUGAUGAGGAUGAUGAUGAGAAAUCCAAGAGAGCAAAUUCAGAUUUCAUUCAAAAACAAUUCAAAGAAACCAUGACUGAAGGUGAUAAGGAAAAUUUGAGAAGAGUUUCAGAAUUGGCUAAUAAGAAGAAUGUCUCACCAGCUCAAAUUGCUAUUGCUUGGCUAUUGAAGAAACCAGGAGUUACUAGUCCUAUUGUUGGUGCCACAAAAGUAUCGAAUAUAGAAUCGUCAAUUGCUGCUUUGGAUAUUGAACUCACCCCUGAAGAAGUCAAAUAUUUGGAUGAAUCUUAUACAGCUAAAGCACCUCAUGCAGUUGGUGUUAGAAAGUAA